CAGCCAGUGCUGUGACCUAGACGUGUUAAGGAUCAAGCCUUCCACAUGUACUGCAUUUGCCUACACCACCUAAGAUGCCCGAAGAAGACUACACUUUAUACUGCAGCCCAAGAGAAGUAUGGGAGGGCCAGCUCAGCCUCUGGGAAGAAGAAGAGGAAGAAGAAGAAGAAGGAGGCCUAUCUUGGUUACAUGGGGAAAAUCCUAAAGCAAACUCACCCAGACUUCAGUGGGUGCUCCUGGAUCUCAGAUGCACUGGGCUCUUUGGAGGACUGGCUGCUGGAACGGGUUAGCCUGGAGGUGGUUAGAUUGUCCUUCUACAACCACAGAAAAGCCAUCACCAGCAGAGAGAUCCCUGGAGCAGUUAAACAGAGAUCCUCUUGGAAGAGCUUCUGUAUCAAUGAACUGUUCUGA